AUGAAGCAGCGCGCCCCGGAUUUGCUCCGCAGCACCACAGAACUUGAAGGGGAGGAUGACAAGGCGGAGGCUUUGGCGGUGAAGGACCGAGAGGGCAAGCAGCCCCUGCACUGGGCGGCCCACAGGGGGCACAAGCGCAUGGUCAAGGAGUUGUUGAAGCUCCGGGCGUCUCCGGGCGCCAAAGACCGGAACGGUGCCAGGCCUGUGCACCUCGCCGCCUUUGAAGGCAAAACUCGGGCGCUUCGAGAGCUGCUUGAGGUGGAGUCGCGGCGCAGCGCCACGGCUCGCACCGACGGGGGCGCCGAGCCCUUGCACCUGGCGGCCACACGAGGCCACGCGGAAGUUGCCAAGCUGUUGCUGCGGCGCAAGGCCUCUCCUGACGCACGCGAUGCCAAGGGAGCGCAGCCCUUGCACAUGGCCGCCUACGAGGGCCAUGCCGCUAUGGUGGACCUCCUCAUUGCCAGCGGUGCUACUCCGGACGCGGGCGCGGAUGACGGAACUGAUCCGGCGAAGCUCGCCUGGACGCGGGGGCACAAGGACGACCUUGCCCAGAAGCUGAACGACGCCAUCCCCAAGCGCAGCCCCGGCGGGCGCAAGGUGCUGGGGCCGCUGCAUGAGGAUCUCUGA